UCAGGUCAACCUUUUUAGUCGAUAGGCAUUUCCACUUUUUCUCACACCGUUGGAACGACUAGUAUGUUGUUCUUCAACCAAGGAGAUACAUCAAGGCGCUCUGAAGAGGAUAGCCGUCAGAACGCAUUUUUCAGCACAUUCCAUGUGCGGAUCUCGAUAGCAUGCCUAUUGGUACUGUUUUGGCUGAUUUGGAUUACCACAGUAACCUUGAUGAUUCUUACAUACGACAUUUGGUCACUCGACUCAUGUUGGAAAUGGAUUGAAUGCUCCGUAUACUCUGUCUUAAUCGCAGUGCAUGGUCUCGUUCUGCUGGUGGGAACGGUUGGGUACUUCCACAACUCUACAACCUUAUGCAGUGCGCUAGUGAUCCCUCUUAUGAGUUGGGCUGGAGCCGUUAGUGGUGUAGUAAUCGAAUUCUGGUAUAAUCACGGCAACUGGGAUUUAGAAUACUGUCUCACAUCCCCAACAGUUCCUGGUUUUCUCUCCAUAUGGGUCUUUGCCGGAUAUGCAGUUAUAAUCAUCACAAAGUAUUGUGAUUAUCUGAAAACGCUACUCAAGUUGAAAAGACGUACGGGUUUCAAUGUGGACGUUUUCAAAGAGCGGGUCUUCGGGACCCCACCAAUAAAAUGGUUUAUUCGUAGCGAGCAGCCCCGUUGUGCAGAUUUGUCAGAUUCCAAUAUUGAUGACAUCUUCGCUGACUAUGAGCCCGAUGUUGCCCUCUACUAAACACAACUUGGUUCUUCUCGUCAGCCUCGCAGGGCACAAUCAUGAUUUCAUCUAGUUAUCUACAUAUCACUUGCCUGUGCUUGUCUAUGUGCUUUUUUCAACGAGAUUUUUCAAAUGCCGAUAAGCUUGAUUCUCACGUUUCAGUCUCUUCCAUUUGGGUAAAAUUUCUACAAUUCUAAUCACGGAUAGAAAGUGGUACAUACUUAUUCUGAUUUGAAUCCCACGUUUACUCUAU